GGAUUUAAAAUAGUCAUGUUGUUUUUUUCUGAUGAGAAUCCUGGAUACAACUGCAUCAGGGACACCCUCCAGACCUGCAGUGUUGAUGUGAGCUUGAAGAAAAAGAAGAAGAAGGCUGACCGUGUUGGUUUGGCUGCUGAUCAAAUUUACUAUGGAGAGUUGGAAAGCCUUGGAUCUGCUAAUUGUCUUGUUGCUGAUGUGACCUAUCCAUCUCUUGGUGUUGGCUAUGAGAUCAGCUUUGCUCAAAACAAAGGCUACAAAGUUGUUUGUCUCUUCCAUAAGACAGAUGACCGUGAUGUUGAUAAUCUUUCUCCAAUGAUCCGUGGUGCCACUGGUCCUGGUUUUUAUGUGGAGGCUUACGAGACUGAGGAAGAUCUGAAGAGAUCAAAGAGAAGGACACUGAGAAUCUACAAUAAUAAUAUUAUUAAUGCAUGCUAUAGAACAGAUUUCACAAAAAUUAUAAUAGUAUAUUACAUAUAGCUUGUUGAUGCUUAGCUCAGUUUAAAAGUAGCUAUAAAUCUUUUAAAUGCGUCAAA